AUUGGUUCGAAGGCUCUUCACUCUGGUUGGGGCGCACGGUCCUCGGGCUGAAGCGGCCGGAAGCCGCGAGUUCCAGCCUGGUGGCGGGAUGGAGGCAGCGGCAGAGCCUGGUAACCUGGCCGGUGUUCAGCACAUCAUUCUCGUGCUCUCAGGAAAGGGAGGUGUCGGGAAAAGCACCAUCUCCGCGGAGCUGGCCCUGGCUCUGCGCCACACAGGCAAGAAGGUGGGAAUCCUCGAUGUAGACCUGUGUGGCCCUAGCAUCCCCCGCAUGCUCCGGGCGCAGGGCAAGGCUGUGCACCAGUGCGACAGUGGCUGGGUGCCUGUCUUUGUGGAUCAGGAGCAGAGCAUCUCCCUCAUGUCUGUGGGGUUCCUGCUACAGAAGCCGGAUGAUGCGUUGGUGUGGAGGGGCCCCAAGAAAAAUGCACUGAUAAAGCAGUUUGUGUCUGAUGUGGCCUGGGGGCAGCUGGACUACCUGGUCGUGGACACGCCCCCGGGGACCUCUGAUGAACACAUGGCCACUGUGGAAGCCCUGCGCCCCUACAGGCCCCUCGGGGCCCUUGUGGUCACCACACCUCAGGCAGUGUCUGUGGGGGACGUGAGGCGGGAGCUAACCUUCUGCAGGAAGACAGGCCUACAGGUGAUGGGGGUCGUGGAGAAUAUGAGCGGCUUCACCUGCCCACACUGUGCAGAGUGCACCAGUGUCUUCUCCAGAGGUGGCGGGGAGGAGCUGGCUAGGCAUGCUGGAGUCCCCUUCUUAGGCUCUGUGCCCCUGGACCCUGAGCUGGCCAGGAGCCUUGAGGAAGGCCGUGACUUCAUGCGGGAAUUUCCCAAGAGCCCUGCAUUUCCUGUACUCACCUCCAUAGCCCAGAAGAUUCUGGAUGCUACCCCUACUCAGCCCUCCUGACUGAAGCAGCCCAGCAGCCAUGUCCUCACAGGCUUUGAAGGACAUUCUUGGAACAGAGGGCUUGGAGACAAUGCCAGGGCCUGGCUCUGCUCUCAGAGAUGUCUCCACUAUGUUACAGGAACACCUGGCCAAGCUGAGGCUGGCCUGUGGCUGCUAGAGCCUAUGGCACCGAGGCCUGGAUGCUCUCUCACGAUGUACAGCUGAGAGACUGGUGGUGUAGGACCCCAAGCCAUAGGCAUCUCCCAGCUCUCAUCACAUUCCUGUUUCCUGUCUCCCCCAGAGGGACAGGCUGCUCCUGGCAGCUGAGUGCCCAUGUUCACAAAGCCCUCAGCCAAACUUAGGCUCCCCACAUCCCAAGGGCCAAUGGGUAAUGUGUGUGUAUUAACAGGGGGAGUGGGCAGCGUCCUGUGAGAUGGUUAAAUGACCUCAGACGUGUCCUGUAACUAGAGGAACCUGAUAUUAAAUGUGUUUGCUGACAUGAGCACAA